AUGGCGGAAUCUGCGUCCCCGAUUGGCAUUGCCAAUCUCCCCAACCAACGGCACAAGAUCGUUGCGAAGCGCGGUGCCGCCUUCACUAUUAUGGUUGCUGGCGAGUCCGGCUUGGGAAAGACGACCUUCAUCAACACUCUCUUUUCCACCACGAUCAAGAACUAUGCCGAUCACAAGCGCCGCCACCAGAAGCAGGUCGACAAGACGGUCGAGAUCGAGAUUACCAAGGCCGAGCUUGAGGAGAAGUUCUUCAAGGUCCGCCUCACGGUUAUCGACACGCCCGGCUUCGGCGACUACGUCAACAACCGCGACUCGUGGCAACCCAUCAUUGAGUUCCUUGAUGACCAGCACGAGUCGUACAUGCUCCAGGAGCAGCAGCCCAAGCGUACGGAGAAGAUUGAUCUCCGUGUCCACGCCUGCCUGUACUUCAUCCGCCCUACCGGCCACACCCUGAAGCCUCUCGACAUUGAGGUUAUGAAGCGUCUCUGCACUCGCGUCAACCUCAUUCCCGUUGUCGCCAAGGCCGACACUCUCAGCCCCGCUGACCUCAACAAGUUCAAGGCCAAGAUCCGAUCUGUUAUCGAGGCCCAGGGCAUCAAGAUCUACCAGCCCCCGCUCGAGGAGGACGAUGAGGCCGGUCUCCAGCACGCUCGCAGCCUGAUCGCUGCCAUGCCUUUCUCCGUCAUCGGCUCUGAGAAGGACGUCCAGACCACUGAUGGCCGUACCGUCAAGGGUCGCCAAUACGCCUGGGGUGUGGCUGAGGUUGAGAACGAGGAGCACUGUGACUUCAAGAAGCUCCGCGCCAUCCUUAUCCGCACGCACAUGCUGGAUCUGAUCCACACGACCGAGGAGAACCACUACGAAGCGUACAGGGCACAGCAGAUGGAGACGCGGAAGUUUGGCGAGGCUCGGCCCAGGAAGCUGGACAACCCCAAGUUCAAGGAGGAGGAAGAGGCACUCCGCAAGCGUUUCACGGAGCAGGUCAAGGUAGAGGAGCAGCGUUUCCGCCAAUGGGAGCAGAAGCUCAUCUCGGAGCGCGACCGCCUCAACAAGGACUUGGAGCAGAGCCACGCCGUCAUCAAGCAGCUCGAGGCAGAGGUCGAGACACUGCAGGGCAGCGUUACCCGCUCUCACGGCCGUCGUUAG